GGCGGCGGCGGCAGCAGCGGCAGCAGCAGCAGAGGAGGCGGUGGCAGUGGCGGCAACGGCGAGCGCGCCUGCCUGGGUCCCGGUCGCGAGGAGGAGGCGGCGGAGGAGGAUGUGGCGCGCGGAGGGGAAAUGGCCGCCGAAAACAAGCCGGAAGAUGAUCAUGGGAACAGCAAUGGAAGUCAUGUAAAAAUCUUUUUACCGAAAAAGCUGCUUGAAUGUCUACCAAAAUGUUCCAGUUUACCAAAAGAGAGGCACCGUUGGAACACUAAUGAGGAAAUUGCUGCAUAUCUAAUAACGUUUGAAAAACACGAGGAAUGGCUAACGACCUCCCCUAAAACCAGGCCUCAGAAUGGCUCUAUGAUCCUAUACAACAGGAAGAAGGUGAAAUACAGGAAAGAUGGAUAUUGCUGGAAAAAGCGGAAAGAUGGGAAGACCACCCGAGAAGACCACAUGAAGCUGAAGGUGCAAGGAGUGGAGUGCCUCUACGGCUGCUACGUCCAUUCCUCAAUCAUCCCAACUUUCCACCGAAGGUGCUACUGGCUUCUUCAGAACCCAGACAUUGUCCUUGUGCACUACCUGAACGUGCCGGCCAUCGAGGACUGUGGAAAGCCAUGCGGGCCCAUCCUGUGCUCCAUCAACACGGACAAGAAGGAGUGGGCAAAAUGGACGAAGGAGGAGCUGAUUGGGCAGCUCAAGCCCAUGUUUCACGGCAUCAAGUGGACCUGCAGCAACGGGAACAGCAGUUCGGGCUUCUCGGUGGAGCAGCUGGUGCAACAGAUCCUGGACAGCCACCAGACCAAGCCGCAGCCCCGGACGCACAAUUGCCUUUGCACAGGCAACUUGGGCGCAGGGAGCAGCGUGCACCACAAGUGCAACAGUGCCAAACACCGCAUCAUAUCGCCAAAGGUCGAGCCGAGGUCCGGGGGGUACAGCGCCCACUCUGAGGUGCAGAACAACGACGUCUCCGAAGGCAAGAACGAGCACAGCAAGUCCUCCAGCCGCGAGAAGCGCAACGGCAAAGUGGCCAAGCCCGUGCUGCUCCAUCAGAACAGCACGGAGGUCUCCUCGACCAAUCAGGUUGAAGUCCCCGACACGACCCAGAACUCCCCGGUGUCCAUCAGCAGCGGGCUGAACAGCGACCCGGACGUGGCCGACAGUCCGGUGGUGACCGGGGUGUCCAGCAUGGCCGUGGCCUCGGCGAUGGGCAACCUGUCACAGAGCGCCACGGUCUUCAUGCCCGACGUCGCCAGCGAGGCCGUCUACACCAUGUCGCCCACCAGCGGGCCGAAUCAGCACCUGCUCUCCUCGGACGCAGCCGCGCAAGGGCUGGUCCUGGCCGUGAGCUCGGACGGCCACAAGUUUGCCUUCCCGACAGCCAGCAGCUCUGACGGCCUCUCCAUGCUGCCCGCCGGUGUCUCGGAAGAGCUGGUGCUCUCCACGACUCUCGAUGGUGGCAGGAAGAUCCCAGAGGCCACCAUGAAUUUCGACCCGGACUGCUUCCUCAACAACCCCAAGCAAGGGCAGACGUACGGCGGCGGCGGCCCCAAGGCGGACGGCCUGGGCCCCAACGUCCGGCACUCGCCCACGACGGAGCGGGGCUUCAACUUCAGCGCGGCCCUCGCUAAGGAGAUUAAAACGGAGGACACGUCCUUCGAGCAGCAGAUGUCCAAAGAAGCGUUCUCUUCCUCGGCUUCGUCCAACUCGCUCAGCCUCACCCCGGGCUCCGGCUUGCUCCCCUCCGGCGGAGGCCUCAGCCCCAGCACCACCCUGGAGCAAAUGGACUUCAGCGCCAUCGACUCCAACAAGGACUACUCCUCCGGCUUCAGCCAAGCAGUCCAGAGUCCCCACGUCCACCAGACGCCGUCGCCCAGCUUCUUCCUGCAAGACGCCGGCAAGCCGGCUCUCCCGCUGGAGCAGAGCGCCCACAACAGCCUGGGUGAUGGGAGCAGCUCUUUCGCCAACCCCUUGGGGCUCCCCAGUGUGAAGACGGAGGCCUCCCCGCAAGGCGCCUCCAACUGCAACGGCGCAGUGGAGGCCCGGAUCGAGCCCACCUCCUCCCUGCAGCUCCUGCAGUUCCAGGCCAACUUCCAGGGCAUGGCAGCGGAAGGGGAGGUCCCCAUGGAGACCUCAGCGCAGGCCGAAGGUGGCGAAACCCUGCUGAAGCCGGGGGACCUGCAGAGCUGCGGCACGGAGCACUACCUGCAGCCCGAGAGCAACGGGGGCCUGAGGAACGGUGGUGGCGGCGGUGGCGGCGGCCUCCCCAUCCUGCAAGGGAACAUGGUGCAAGGGCUGUACCCUGUGGCCCACCCGGGCUUGAGCAACACCUCCAACAUGGAGCUCAGCCUGGAUCACUUCGACAUCUCCUUCAGCAACCAGUUCUCCGACCUGAUCAACGACUUCAUCUCGGUGGAAGGCGGCGGCGCUGGCGGCGCCAUCUACAGCCACCAGCUGGUGGCCGGGGAGAGCGCCGGGCUCUCCCAGGCGGAGGACGGCAACCGGGCCGCCUACAGCCAAGCCGAGAUGUGCAUCCCCUGCUGCAGCCCCCAGCAAGCCAACCUGCACCUCAGCGGUGCCGAGAACGGGGCCAGCACCAUGGCCUACAUGCACGUGACCGAGGUGGUGUCGGCGGCCGCCGCCGCCGCCGCCGCAGCACAGAGCACUUUGGGCAUGCUCCAGCAGAGCGGGCGCCUCUUCAUGGUGACGGACUACUCGCCUGAGUGGUCUUACCCGGAGGGGGGCGUGAAGGUGCUGAUCACGGGGCCAUGGCAGGAGGCCAGCAAUAACUACAGCUGCCUGUUUGAUCAGAUCUCGGUGCCUGCCUCCUUGAUACAGCCGGGGGUGCUCCGUUGCUACUGCCCAGCUCACGACACGGGUCUGGUCACGCUGCAAGUGGCCUUCAACAACCAGAUCAUCUCCAACUCGGUGGUCUUUGAGUACAAAGCACGAGCCCUGCCCAGCCUGCCUUCCUCGCAGCACGACUGGCUGUCCCUGGACGAUAACCAGUUCAGGAUGUCUAUCCUGGAGCGACUUGAGCAGAUGGAGCGGAGGAUGGCCGAAAUGACCGGCGCCCAGCAGCACAAGCCCGGAGGUGGCGGUGGUGGCAAUGGAGGCAGCCAAGCACAGUGCAUUUCAGGAGCUGCCACCGCCGCUGCCGCCGCCUUGGGCACCUGCUUCGAGAGCCGCGUGGUGGUCGUGUGUGAGAAGAUGAUGAACCGGGCCUGCUGGGCCAAGUCCAAGCACCUGAUCCACUCCAAGACCUUCCGGGGAAUGACGCUGCUGCACCUGGCCGCCGCCCAGGGCUACGCCACCCUCAUCCAGACCCUCCUCAAGUGGCGGACCAAACACGCCGACAGCAUCGACCUGGAGCUGGAAGUUGACCCCUUGAACGUGGACCAUUUCUCUUGCACCCCGCUGAUGUGGGCAUGUGCGUUGGGCCACAUGGACGCCGCUGUGGUCCUCUACAAGUGGGACCGCCGGGCCAUCUCCAUCCCCGACUCCCUGGGCCGGCUGCCCUUGGCCAUCGCCCGCUCCCGUGGCCACGUCAAGCUGGCGGAGCGCCUGGAGCAGCUGCAGCGGGAGGAGCAGGCCCAGCUCCGGCAAGCCCCCCGGAUCCCGGGCUGCCCUUCGCGCGAGGAGCCCAGUGGCGAGAACUGGGUCGCUCAGUGGCACAGUGAGAUGGUUGCCUCUCAGGAGCCCGCCAAGGGCGUCACCGUGGUUUCAAAUUCCAAUACAGAAUUGAGGCGGCCUCGCUCGGAGCCCUCCAGCUACUACAGCAGCGAGAGCCAGAAGGACUACCCGGCGCCCAAAAAACACAAGCUCAACCCGGACUACUUCUCGGCUCGGCAGGACCAGCUGCUCUCCACCGCCCUGAGCCUGGAGCAGCCCAGCGCACGGAAGUCGGGCUCCAGUGCCAAGCAGCACCUCCCCGACAUCCUCGGCCUGCGGCACGGGCUGCGGGACUACGGCAGGGAGCUGGUCCCAGACGUGUCUGGCUACCGUAGCGGCGGCACCGGCCAGGCGGGGCUCAAGUGGAGCCCCAAGGAGGCCUACGUCGCCCUGUCCGCGGUGCAGGUGGGCGGCAGCCCCAAGGGCGCGUCCCUGGCCAAGGACUCGGGCGUCCUACGGCUGCAGCCGCGGGAGCAGCAGCAGCAGCGGGAACAGAUGGGCGCGUCCCUGAUGAUGGCGGACAGGGAGGCGGCCGACGCCGAGCUGCUCGCCUUCCGGGAUGGCGCGGACGGCGGAGACGGCUUGCAGCAGGUGGACGAUCUGCAGGUGACCAUGAUGACCCUGGCGGAGCACAUCAUAGAGGCCACGCCGGAGAGGAUCAAGCGCGAGACCUUUGUGCCGGCGGAGACGCCGCUGGCCGAACGGACGGAGAGCGUGGCCCUGAGCACCUCGAUGAGCUGGCUGGCCAGUUACCUCGCAGAUGUCGACCAUUUACCCAGCGCAGCUCAGAUCAGAAGCCUCUACGGCGGCCCCCUGACCCCUCCUUCCAACACCAGCCUGAGCCCCGCCGGCUCGCCAGCCCCCGAGGCGGCUUUUGAGAAGCCCCCCAGCCUCCCCUCGGCCACGGACUGGUCCGAGUUCCUCAGCGCCUCCGCCAGCGAGAAGGUGGAGAAGGAGUUUGCACAGCUGACGCUCUCGGACCACGAACAGCGAGAGCUCUACGAGGCGGCCAGGCUGGUCCAGACAGUCUUCAGGAAAUACAAGGGAUGCCCCCUCCGGGAGCAGCAGGAAGUGGCCGCUGCUGUCAUUCAGCGUUGUUACCGGAAGUACAAGCAGCUUACUUGGAUAGCCUUGAAGUAUGCACUUUAUAAGAAGAUGAUACAAGCUGCCAUCAUUAUCCAGAGCAAAUUCCGAAGCUACUACGAGCAGAAGAAAUUCCAGCAGAGCCGGAGAGCGGCUGUCCUCAUCCAGCAGUUCUAUCGCAGCUACAAGGAAUGUGGCAAGAGGAGGCAAAGUCGCAGGACGGCUGCCCUCGUGCAGCAGAAGCUCAGAAGCAGCCUGUUCACCAAGAAGCAGGACCAAGCUGCCCGCAAGAUCAUGCGGUUUUUACGACGCUGCCGCCACAGCCCUCUGGUGGACCAUAGGCGGUACAAAAGGGACCAGGAUGCUUUUGAAGCACCAGCCUGUGGGCUCAGUUGCCGGCCGCUAGCUCUGGGCGGGCCACGCUCCCCCUGGGCCGCUCUCUCCUUUUGCUUUGCCGCUCAAAUGAGAGGCCUGGACCACGGGAGGAGCCCCCUUUCCCCCCAUUGCCCUCGGGCCGUUUCUGCUCUGAGAGCGACAGAGUGAAAGAAUUGAAAAAGGCCAAGGAACUUGAAGAGAGAGACGGCAGCAGCA